AUGUUAGAGGCAAUUCCAGAAGCUGAAGAAAUAAAGAAAACAUUAUUUGAUAUAGAUCAAGAUAGUUCCCCUGGUCCUGAUGGUUUUUCAGGUUGUUUCUACAGAGCUUGCUGGGAAAUCAUUAGUCAAGAUGUAGUUGAAGCCAUUCAAUUUUGCUGGAGAAGAAAGUUCAUUCCCAAAGGCCUAAAUUCCAAUUUUCUGAAUGGUACUUUGAUGCACAAAUUGGUGUCUCCACAACAAGUUGCUUAUGUUAAGGGCAGAUGCAUUCAAGACCAAAUCUUAUUAGCUUCAGAAUUGGUGAAUGGGAUGACUAAGAAAAGAAGAUGUGGAAAUGUAGCUUUAAAAUUGGACAUUUCCCAAGCUUAUGACUCUGUCAGCUGGGAGUUUUUGUUUAAAGUGUUGCAGAAAUUUGGUUUUUCAAAAAAUUGGUGUGAAUGGCUUCAUAUUCUAUUUCAAUCUUCAAAAUUCUCAGUAAUGUUAAAUGGAGGUCCUUGUGGUUUCUUCUCAGUGGGAAGAGGAUUGAGACAAGGUGAUCCUUUGUCUCCUAUUUUAUUUGUUUUAAUGGAAGAAGCUUUGAGUAGAAGAUUAUCUCAAAUGGUGCAAGAUGGCUUGAUAUGUCCAAUGGUUGAAAGAAAAGGUAUUCAUCCAACUCACUUAUUCUUUGUAGAUGAUGUGUUUAUCUUCAUUAAUGGUGUUAAGAAGAGAAUCUUAAACCUUAUGAAACUUCUUGAGGAUUACCAAAAAAUCUCAGGUCAAAUUAUAAAUAAAAGUAAAAGCAAGUUGUUCAUAGAUGACACUUCAGAUUUAAGGAAAAAUCAGAUAAAGGAGAUCAUUCAGAUGGAAAGGAGUGCUUUCCCUGACAAGUAUCUUGGAGUGAUUCUUACAUCUGGAAGGAUAAAAGUUUCCAAUGUUUGGCCAAUGGUAGAAAUGAUGAAAAGAAAGUUAGCCUCAUGGAAAGGGAUGGAGAGACAAGAAAGUACAAUAAAUUUUCUUGGAAAAAAGUUUGUACACCAUUUAGUGAAGGUGGAUUGGUACAAAGACAAAAAUGGUCAAUGGAGCACUAAGUGGCAGAAAUAUUCAGUUUGGCCAGGUUUGAAAUGGGCAUGGGAAGCUCUUGAAGAAGAUACUAGAUGGAUUAUUGGUAAUGGAAACAAUAUUUACGUCUGGUUUGAUCAUUGGUUAGAAGUUGGUAUUCUCUUUGAUAGAUUCAAACAUCAUAGGUGCUUGACUGAGAACUUAAACUUGAAAGUUUCAGAUAUUUUGUCUAAUGGAGAAUGGUCUUAUAAUGAUGAGCUUCAUCAAAUUUUUCAUCAUCUUAAGUUGCCUGAAAUUCUUGGUGGUGAUGAUAUUUUGGUAUGGACAAGAAACUUAAAAGGUGAAUUCUCAAUCUCAGAUGCAGUAUACAAGUUAAGACACAAGGAACGGUCAGUUAACUGGUCAAAGUUCUUAUGGACUCAUUUUCUUCAUCCCUCAGUGGCUAGCAAUGUGUGGAAGCUUAUACAAGGUAUAUACACUGAUGACAAAAUUAUGGUCAAAAAUGGAUAUGAAAUGGUCUCAAGAUGUUGCAUUUGUGAAACUGAAGAAGAUAGUAUGAAUCACUUACUCUGGAAAUGUAAUUUCAGUACUGAAGUUUCUGAUUGGAUAUGCUCUAUAUUUCAAUUCAAAGCACCAAAAACUCUUGAAGACAUAUGGAAAUGUACCUCUAGUUGCAGUCCACUUAUUAAACAAGUUUGGAUUUCAGCAGCCUGUAUUAUCCUAAAAGAGCUUUGGUUUCAGAAGAACAAGAGAUUUUUUGAAAACAUUAAGCCUAAUAUGCAAGGAUUCAAGUGCAGAGUGAUGCAAUUAGUGAAUGAAGGUGGUCUGAGAAUGAAUGGUUUUGGUGUAGUAGUCAGAGAUUCAGCUUGUCAGGUAUUAGGUACCCUCUCUGGAGGUAUUAGCAUUGCUUCAAACUAUUUAGCUGAAUCUUAUGGUAUUAUGUGUGCAUUGGAGCUGGAAGUUCAAUGGAAUCUGCAGAAGAUAAUUAUAGUAUCAGAUUCAAAAUCUGUUCUGGCUGAAUUUGCUCAGGGGAGAGUGCCAUGGUUUCUAAAGGGCAGAUGGCUUUUGGCUACAAGCAAAAUCAAAAAGAUUCAGUAUAAACAUUGUUACAGGGAGAUUAACUUUUCUGUAGAUUGUAUGGCAAAGAAGGGAGCAUUAUUAGCUGCAGGGGAAAGACAAAUUCAUAUGGGGAGACCCCAGUGUUUGCCAAGAGUAGAAAUGCCAGAUGUUGAUUACUUUAGGUUUGAUUAA